AUGGCAGCCCAGACGUGGUAUAUUGAAAAUACAACUGUUGGCAAUCGAAGCCAUGCUGAAGACUGGCGAAUUCGGGGUUAUAAUCCCUUAACACCUCCCAAUCUUCUCCAGCAUGAAAUUUCACAGACCGCACAAUCCAAAAAGACAGUGUUGAUGUCCAGAGAGGAAGGCAGCGCCAUUGUAAAUGGCCGCGACCCAAAGAAUCGCCUGAUGGUGAUCAUCGGCCCUUGCUCGAUCCACGACCCCGAAUCCGCCAUGGACUACUGCAAUCGGCUGUUAAAAUUGAAGGAGAAAUACAAGAAUGAGCUUUUCAUUGUUAUGCGAUCUUACUUGGAGAAACCGCGCACUACAGUUGGCUGGAAGGGCCUAAUUAAUGACCCUGACAUCGACAAUUCUUUCCAGAUCAACAAAGGCCUCCGGCUUGCGAGGCAAUUGUUCGUUGACCUUACUGACAAGGGAAUGCCCAUUGCCAGCGAAAUGCUAGACACCAUCUCUCCUCAGUUCCUUGCUGACUUGCUCUCCGUUGGCGCUAUCGGCGCACGAACCACAGAGUCUCAGCUCCACCGCGAACUAGCCAGCGGACUGUCCUUCCCCGUCGGUUUCAAAAACGGCACAGAUGGCUCUCUUGAUGUAGCUGUGGAUGCAAUUGGUGCUGUUAAACACCCUCACCACUUCUUGAGCGUCACAAAGCCUGGUGUAGUUGCAAUUGUCGGCACGAUGGGCAAUGAAGAUUGCUUCGUGAUUCUAAGGGGCGGCAAAAAGGGCCCCAAUUACGAUGCUGACUCUAUCGCAGCCGCGAAGAAACGACUGACUGAAAAGGGGCUUUCUCCCAGGCUCAUGGUUGACUGCAGUCAUGGAAAUUCCGAAAAAAAUCACAGAAACCAACCCAAAGUUGCGGCGAAUAUUGCAGCACAGAUUGCAGCCGGAGAAACCGGAAUUAUGGGAGUUAUGAUUGAGAGUCACAUCAAUGAAGGAAACCAACCUGUCUCACCUCAAGGCAAGGCUGGUCUAAAAUACGGUGUUAGUAUCACGGACGCCUGCAUCGGCUGGGAAGAUACGGAAUCUGUACUUGCCACCCUCGCUGAUGCGGUGAAGAAACGACAAGCCAUCGAAGCACAACAAUCUAGCUCAUAA